AUGUCGUCACACAAUCUACCGGCAUGUGUGAUCGAUAACGGAACGGGUUAUACAAAGCUCGGAUAUGCUGGAAAUACGGAACCGCAAUUUAUUAUUCCAUCGGCCAUCGCUGUGAAAGAUAAGGUGGCAAGCUCGAAUUCGCAAGCACUUCGCUGGAAUAAUCGAGUCGGCGCUGGAAUAGAUGACCUUGAUUUCUUCAUCGGAGAUGAAGCUUUGUCACCAGCUGCUUCAAAUUAUACGGUUAAAUACCCAAUUCGUCACGGAAUCGUAGAAGAUUGGGAUUUGAUGGAACGUUAUUGGGAGCAAUGUAUAUUCAAAUACCUGCGUGCCGAACCAGAAGAUCAUUUCUUCCUUCUAACGGAACCACCACUCAACACACCGGAAAAUCGCGAAUAUACUGCUGAAAUCAUGUUCGAAUCAUUCAAUGUCCCUGGACUAUACAUAGCUGUUCAAGCUGUUCUUGCAUUGACUGCUAGUUGGCAAUCGAGAGAAGCUAGUGAUAGAACUUUGACUGGAUUGGUUAUCGACUCGGGAGAUGGAGUGACUCAUUGUAUUCCGGUUGCUGAUGGUUACGUCAUAGGAUCGUGCAUCAAACACAUCCCAAUCGCCGGUCGUGACAUCACCUACUUCAUCCAGAAUCUUCUUCGCGAACGUGAACACACGAUUCCAGCUGAACAAAGUUAUGAAGUGGCUAAAACCAUCAAGGAGAAAUUUUGCUAUGUCUGCCCAGAUGUCAUGAAAGAGUUCGUGAAAUACGAUACGGACGCGGCGAAAUGGCUUAGAACCUAUGAUGGAAUCAACUCGAUCACCAAGAAACCGUUCAGUGUUGACGUUGGAUACGAGAGAUUCCUUGGACCAGAAAUAUUCUUCCAUCCAGAGUUCUGCAAUCCAGAUUUCACGACUCCAAUCUCUGAUACUAUCGAUACACUUAUUCAGCAGUGCCCAAUUGAUGUUCGUCGUGGUCUCUAUGAGAAUAUUGUCCUUUCUGGUGGCUCCACAAUGUUCAAAGAUUUCGCGAGAAAGUUGCAACGUGACGUCAAGAGACUAAGUGAUGGAAGACUUCAGAUGAGUGAAGCAUUGAGUGGAGGACGACUGAAGCCGAAACCAAUCGAUGUGCAGGUGAUUUCCCACAAAAUGCAACGGUAUGCAGUAUGGUUUGGAGGAUCCAUGCUCGCUUCUACCUCGGAAUUCUAUCAAGUAUCGCACACGAAAGCAGAAUAUAUGGAGAAGGGACCGUCGAUUUGCCGCUACAAUCCAGUCUUCGGAGCACUUGCUUAA